AGUGAUAUCGCGUGGUUCGACGCUGCUAGCGUUCUGUCAAUAGACUUAAUUCUUCAACAAAUGUGUAUGUAAAAACGGUUUUGCAUCGACGAAUGAUUAAAAAUUAAUCGCGAUAGUUAACGAGCGUAAUUUUUGUUAUUUGUAAAGGAUUGUCAUCGCUCAGUUUUCAUCGUGAUACAAACGAUUACGUUUUAUAACCUCAAAACGAAUUUGUUUACAUUCGAACUUGUUUCGAACACUCUCGAAAAAAUGAGCAGCAGAGAUGACAAUCAGAAACCUGCGGUAAAGGAAAAUGAGGAAGAGGAAGAGGAAGAAGAGGAGGACGAGGAAGAAAAUGAGGGUGGAAAAGUGUCCGCAAAAACUGAAGAUCCGAUGGCAAAUUAUGAAUUUGACGGAGAGACGUACAUUUACACUGACAAAACGUCGAAUAUCACGUAUAGAUUUGAUAGAGCGAAAAACGAUUGGGUUGUGAAGGAUGGGAAUAAAGCUGCCGGAGAUGCCGAGUCGAAUAAUCCUGCGACUGCUGCGCCUGAAGCCAUCUAUGGUUUUGAGAAUGAUACUCACACUUAUACAGAUCCUACCGACGGCAGUGUUUAUAUGUGGGACAAGGAAAAAAAUGCUUGGUUUCCCAAGGUUGACGAUGAUUUUAUGGCGAGGUAUCAAAUGAGCUACGGCUUCGUCGAUCCGAACCAAGGGGCUGAGCCAAAGAAAGCUCCGGAACCAACAAAAGUACCUGAAAAACUGGACAAGGAGCAGAAAAAAGCAGAAGCAAAGAGGAAAGCUGCUGAACCGCCAACCUGGUUUGAGAUUGACGAAGCUCACAAUACCGCUGUCUACAUUUCGGGUCUACCACUGGAUAUAACUCUGGAUGAACUUACUGAACUGGUUACUAAAUGCGGCCUCAUUGCACGUGACGAAAAAAACAAGAAUAAAAUCAAAUUGUACAGGGAUGCGAAUGGGGAGCCAAAGGGAGACGCGCUUUGCACCUACAUAAAAGUCGAAUCCGUAGACCUCGCUUUGAAGCUGCUCGACGCUUCUCAGUUACGUGGCAAAACGUUGUCCGUCCAAAGAGCAAAGUUUCAGAUGAAAGGAAAAUAUGAUCCGGGCUUGAAACCGAAGCGGAAGAAAAAUCAAAAGGAACGACAGAAAAAAAUCCAGGAAAAGCUCUUCGACUGGAGGCCCGAGCCAAUGCGCGGCGAACCUCUCAAAUGCGAGAGAGUCGUUAUAAUCAAGAACUUGUUCAGCCCCGAGGACUUUGACAAGGACGUCGCGCUAAUUCUUGAGUACCAACAGGAUUUACGCUCCGAAUGCACCAAAUGCGGUGACGUCAAGAAAGUCGUCAUUUGCGAUAGACACCCUGAGGGAGUCGCACAGGUAACAUUCAGCGAUCCGGCCGAAGCUCAGGCCUGCAUACAGCUGUUGAACGGUCGCUGGUUCGCGCAGAGGAAACUCUCUGCUGAAAUAUGGGACGGCAAAACCAAGUACAAAAUCGUUGAGACCGAUGCAGAAAUCGAAGCCAGAUUGGACAAGUGGGACAAGUAUUUGGAGGGCGAGGAUGAAAGAAAAGAAGCUGAGAAACACGAAGCCAAGGUCGAACCUCCCAAAUAGGCGGAUUCGGAACCAUCUUCUCUUCUUCAUGGAAUUCAUCGUGUUCCACCUUUUUUCGCCUCCUCGGAGAGAAUAGGUCGACGAGUUAUCCUUGAUCGGAUGAACGGGAGCCUGUUUUAUCGAUCUUUCAACACAGCACAGUACGAAUUCUCCCUAUUCCCUUGUAAACAAUUGUUAAUCGAAUCGAUCGCUGCUAUAUUAGUAACGUCGCUGUUUUUCGUCUUUAAAAAUUUUCGAAUAAAGAGGAAUUAUUUCAGAUUA